UUUUUCUCCUCGGGUUGCCGGCGACCAGAUAGGUCGCACCGCCGCCGCUGCUGCUGUGCUGUCUCCGUGUGUGUGCAGCCCUUCGCACGGUUUGGUCGAUCCGUGCAGACAGCGGAGCUUGUCGUCUGGAGAGACGGACACCGAGACAGGUAGCUCAGUUCGGGUAUGAAACAUGGAGCUCUCGGCGGCGGGGGAUCGCAUUUUCGCCGCGGAAGCCAUACUUAAACGCCGCGUCCGUAAGGGAAGGCUCGAAUACCUGGUGAAAUGGAAAGGAUGGGCAAUGAAGCACAGCACUUGGGAGCCGGAGGAGAACAUCCUGGAUGACAGGCUGAUUUUGGGGUUUGAGCAAAAAGAGCGGGAAAGAGAGUUGCACGGGCCAAAGAAAAGGGGACCAAAACCCAAGAACCUUGUAAUUAAGGCUCGCGGUCAGAAAGGAGAGAGCGGCAGCCGAGCCUCAAACACCCGCCAGACCACUUUGCGUCCUACUUCGUCCACUUCUAACCGGGCAGCUUCCUCCUCCUCCUCUGCCUCAGCGCAUCUUUUACCGUCGUCCUCCAGCUCGGCUGUCGCACCUUCCCCUAAACUUAACUCCCUUGCGGCCACACACAAACUGAAGAAAGACAUUCACCGCUGCCACCGGAUGUCCCGGCGCCCUCUGCCUCGCACAGACCCCAUGGCGACCACCUUCUCCAACCCUGGUGGCUUCCCGUCCCGCAUGCACGUUUCUCCCUUCUCUGAAACCGUCCGCAUCCUUAACCGUAGGGUGAAACCCCGGGAAGUCAAGAGAGGCCGAAUCAUCCUCAAUCUGAAGGUCAUCGACAAAGCGGGCCGGGGUGGCACAGCGGCCGGGGGUCGGAAUAUUUCGGCAGGACGUCAGAACAUCCCAUCCCGCAAUCGCAUCAUUGGGAAGAAGAGGGAAGCCCCAUAUAGACCUUUCCAGCCUCCUUUGAAGAUGCUGGGGUUCCCGAUGUACGGGAAGCCAUUCGGGCUGCAGUGCGGAGGACCUGUGCCUUUUCACUCCCACCCAGGCUCAUGCUCCAGCACAGGAGCUAGGGAAAGCCGCACCAGCCCUUCUCAGUUCCAGGCACCUCCUUCUCCUUCCAGCUCCAGUGGGUCUGAAGGAAAAUCUCCCACCAAUGCUACUGCUGCCCAGUCUCAGCCUUCCACUGGGGCCUCGCCGUCUAGCAAGGAUCCCAAGUCCAGCAAACCUCACGCAGACACUCAGAAGAGCCAGAGCACCAAGUCCUCCACCCCUGCCGCGUCCUCAGAUGCAAACCAGGCUGCAUCAUCAUCAUCCCCCUUCCUCCCCUCCUCUCCCUCUUCCUCCCUGGAAGACGAAGAGGACGAGGGCGCCCCGGACCGUACGGUGCCCUCAGAGGAAGGCAGGAAAAAUCCUCGCCAGUGCAGGGCUAAACACCAGUUGCCCACCACGCUUCCCCUUGCCGCUCCCGGGGACCAAACCUCUGCCCCCACCGAACCUCCAAGGGUGCCCGCUGAGGGAGACCCCGACUGGCACCCUGAAAUGGCUCCGAGCUGCAAGGAUGUAGUGGUCACAGAUGUGACCACCAACCUCGUCACCGUCACCAUAAAAGAGUUCCCAUCCCCUGCCUCCUGCCCCGCUUCACCUUCUGCUAGCCCCGAAAAUGCCUCUUCCCCCCCUCCCACCGCCGCCUCCGACGACCCCUCCCCAGCGAAGCCAACAUCACUGCUCUUCACGGUCACCAUGAAGUUCGCAGUGGUGCUCGUGGGAGCGGGCACUCUGGCCUUCCUCGGCGCGGUCAUCUGCAUCAUUGCCAGCGUUUAUCCGCGCAAACGCGCCGCUCUCGUCAGCGAUAACGGAACCCUGACGUCGGAGUCGCUGCUCCAGCCUCUGGAGCCGGGGUCGGUGGCUCACGCCGGGCCGCUGGGCGCUCUGCACGGCGCGGAGUCGUACGAUGGUGGAAACGGACUCGGCGGCAUCGGCGUGGAGGUUCCCACUCUGAACGAGCUCAACCUUGGGGAGGAGACGGGUGGAGGGCCGGCGAAGCAGUUCAGCUUCAGCCGACUCAUCUGCACUCCUGUGCCGGUGGGAGAGUGCAAGACUAAAGACCUGAGGCAGCGGAGGGACCACCAGCAGCAGCAGGCGGACGAUCCGCUCUACGGCACAGGGGAUGAAGACCUGCGGACCACCGCGGAGGAACUCCGGCAGAUGGUCCUGCAGCAGAACGACCAGAUCCUCAUGGACCAGAGGACCAUAAGGGAGCUGACCGGGAAGCUCAGCGAGUGCGAGAGCGGCCUGGAGGACGAGCGGAGCAUCCCGGAGCGCAGCAUCGGGGUCUGGAGCGGGAACCGCCGCGUCAUGGCCGGGGAUGAUGUGACCUCAUCCGCCGCGGCACAGCUGCAGACGGCGCGGGCCGUGGAGGAGCUGGCCCGGGCCAUCAUGGAGCUGAAGGAUCGCAUUGAGAAACUGGAGGCAGAGAUAGGCCCUGCUGCUUUGAACCUCACAGACACAUCUGUGGGUGUAAAUAGUGGCGGCAGCAGCAGCGGCAGCAGCAGCAGCACAGCUGGUAACACCGGCAAGGCUCCAGCUCCGCCUUCCAGCAGUACUUCCUCCCUAUCUGCAGGGUCUGCCCCAGGGGGCCGCCGUCCUGCUUCCCCAGGCUCCUCUGCCUCCAGGCCUCCUGUUAAGGGUCCCCCUGGGCGUGGAAAGAGCACCUGGAGGGUGGAGGACCUGGAAGGGGAGCUGGAAAGGAAGAUAAAGAUGCUAGAGAAGGAGAGACAGGCCAUGAGGAAGGAGACUCAGGGCCAGCAUGAGAAGAUCAACAAGGGCAUCGACAACGUCAGCCACCGUGUCACCGAGCUGGAACACACGAUGACGGAGCCACCGUUCCCUGACGGCUUUGUCAUCUCCUUCCCCAUGCGGACCAACUACAUGUACGGCCUGGUCAGGAAAGAGAUUACUGAGAUGUAUGCCUUCACUGCCUGCCUAUGGCUCAAAGCCAAAGAGGGUGGCAUUGGGACCCCCUUCUCCUACUCUGUGCCGGGGCAGCCCAAUGAGCUGGUUCUGUUACAGGGAGUCCACAAUCCCGUGGAGCUGCUUAUCAACGACAAGGUGGCGCAGCUGCCCCUGUCCCUGCCACAGGAUGAGUGGCAGCACAUCUGUGUCAGCUGGACUCUCAGAGAUGGGGUUUGGAAGGCCUACCAGGGUGGGAAGAUGAAGGGACGAGGGGAGGGACUGGCGGCCUGGCACCCAAUCAAACCCGGGGGAGUCCUCAUUCUGGGACAGGAGCAGGACACACUGGGUGGACGUUUUGAUGCCUCCCAGGCCCUGGUCGGGGAGCUCUCUCAGUUUAACCUGUGGGACCGGGUGUUGAAGCCAGCCGAGGUGGCCGCCGUGGCCGACUGCAGCUCCUCAGCCCUGGGCAACAUCGCGCCCUGGACCGACCACGACGUAGAUGUCUACGGCGGCGCCACCAAGGAGUCCCUGGACCCGUGCCACGCUGCCCAGAGAUCCAACCCCUCUGGCCCCAAACAGUGAAGAAUGACUGGGAGAGGGCAGCCAUGCUUGAGAGGUCAAUUUAGGAGUGAAUUGAAGAGUCUAAAGAGUUUUUAUCCAAGUUGGAGCAUCCAGUAUAAUUUGCUUGUUGGGGGUUGGUAAGCUUACUACCAGUGGACUAUUAAAUUGUCAAGCGUGGUGUAUCUGUUCUGUUCUUUGUGUUGGUGUCCACGCUCAUGUGUUUACUUCUGCAGUGAGAUACAGUGAGCUUAGUCACAGAAUCACCUUAGUGAAGGCUUGCAUGGGUCAAUCAACCUCUGGCGUGAACGUGUUUAAACGGAGACUCUGCAUUGAUAGAGUGGAAUCUGUGGUUUAGAUGGUAAUCUCUUGGGCCAGUCAGCCAUACGAGAUUAUUCCUGCAGGUUUCAGUGCAGUCAUGGAAAGAACCUUUAACGAUGCCACAUCUAAGGGUUUCUCCAUUUUUGUUUUUUUGCAACACAGUGACACAAAAUUCCAUCUUUUCUUCAUCCCGUGUCCAGCUGGUUGUGUUAUGAUGCUACAGCUGAUUUCUGACAUGCUCUAGUGGUCAUAUCUAUUUUUAUUACUCAAUGGGGAAACCGAGUUUGGUCCGUUUUUAACUGUAUAUGAUCCUGUCGAGUAAAGUCUGUGUGCUUUUCGGUUUUUCUAUAUUGCAUACCACGAUUCGGUAAACCAGUGGACUUAUAAAUGUAUAAUGUGUAAUGUACUUCUGCUAAUGUUGCUCUGUAUCAGUCUGCUCCUCCCCGCCCCAUGCCUGCUGUAGCCUCUCGUGCAUCUCACAGCCCAGCAAAGUGAAGUUGCAGCGUUUUUCUUUUCUUAUUGUUUGCAGCUUAGAUAAAACAGCGCUCUCAGCCGACCCCUGAAAUAAAACGUCAUGUCUAACUAAGCACCACUAAGAGAACUGGUAUUACGAUAUAACUGUGGUAUCACUGAAUGUAAAUCAAAUGAAAUGUAAAUGUUUUGUUUUUUUGGUGAAAAUUACAGUGUACGUAUUCCACACUGCCCCACUCUACACAUGUUUUUAUUAAAUCCUCACAGACUGAGGGGGAGGGUAUGAGGUGGACUGAUUCCAUGAUGGCCAUUUUGUACUUAACAGCUGGCUCUGUGCAGAAAACACAACCUGAAGGGAAGACUGUGCUUCCACUGAGCGACAGUAAAGUCAAACUACUGCCACCUUUUAAGUAACCUGAAGAACUACAAGCCAAACAAAUAGACAGUAAAAUCAUUAAGCCUUUAGAUUACAUUAGAUUGUUGGCAUUUUUUAUUGAUAGUUAUGCACCAUGGAAGCAUUUGAGUCCCGUUUUUUACAUUUAAUGAAGGAUAUAUAUAUAUAUUUCCCUUGUUUUAAGUUGCUUGAUUUUGAGCACAUUUUUUCCAAAGUUGAUCGUAAGGGACUUUUUUUUACUUAAAUAAUUAAUUAAACUUGCUUGAAGACAUUUCACUUCUCAUCUGAGAAGCUUCUUCAGUUUUAGGGUCAAACGGUGGAGUG